ACGCCUUUGCUCCAUCUCCAUCUCUCGGUCUCGCUCUCUCUUUCUCAUCUGCUUCUCCUUCAACCGAGCAAGGCCGGCUGCAAAAGCGCCUCGACCCGCCGCCGCCUCCGUCUUUCCCAUCCCAUCCUCAGAGGGGAGGCUGGCCAACCAUCAGCUGAGAGGCCGCAACUUUUAACCCGCUGUCCUUUUUACCCGUUGCACCAGGAUGCUUUGAAGAAGGGGGAGGGAGAGGGGGGGCAAAAACCACACACGAGCACACCAGCAUCGGGCAGGAGGAGGAGGAGGGGGGGGUCUGUCUCCCUCUGCCUCCUCUGUGUUCACCUUCCCCCCCCCCCCACUUCCCGGAUUCUCAAUCUUGGCGUGCAGAGCGAAGGUGCUUGGAUGGCCCUUGGAGGAUCUCUGGAAGUCACCCUUGACUGUCCCGAAAGCUCCUUGCCUUGAUGACCCCAAGUUGUAGCCCCAUCGCAUCUUGCUUUCGCCUCUUGAUUUUGCACAGGCUUAGACUCUUCACUGUGUUGCGAUGGAGACUUUGUCCCUGGAGCAUCAGAUCCAAAGCGUGCAAAGACACAUCGCCUUCCUCAAAAAGGAGCAGAUGAAACUUCUCCACGAUUUGCAUCUGGAGAUCCUGCGCUUACAAAAAUACUGCACAGAAUUGACCCAUGAUCUGGAAGUGAAAGAGUUGGAAGCCAAACAGCAAGACGUAAUAGACCAGGAACUGGAAGAAAAGUGCAAAAUCAUGGAAUCCCGACUGAAAGAGAAAGAGAAGGACAAUUUGGAAUUGCACAAGGAGCUGAGGCAUAAAGAGAGCUUGGUGGCCGCCCUCCGAUCCAACCUGAGGAACAAAGAAAGGAAGUUCUUGGAAGAGCUCAAGAGGAGAAGCCACCGAGUAACCGUCCUGAACACGGAGUUGCAGAAACAGACGGAGGCAGCCGCUUACCUCUCCUUCCAGCUUCAUUCAAGCAAACAGAAACUUCACAGUACCCGGCAGAAGAACACAGGCCUGCCCGAGAGACCCCCAGAGAAACCCUCCGCCCCCCAACCCAGCGCUGAGACUAGGCCCAAAAAAAGGACUCAAAAGUCUCACAACCGUCGGCAGGCGAGCACCGCUUUCCAUUGCAAAAGCGCCUUCAAGGACAUUGUGGCUCGCGAGCGGCUCAGCAGUUUCGAAGACCUCGAACCCAUGCCCGACCCGGCUCUUUUUUUGUACACCACACGACCCCGGCCUCCGUCCCGUCGUCAGAAAACAGAGCACAGCACAUUGGAUUUGUCCUCCAAGGAAGGCCCCGAGCAGGGCAACCGGAAGGGCGGUUGGAAAAAGUCUUUUCAGCAGCUGGCCGAAGAACCUGCAGGAGCUGCGAGUAACGUCAGGACUUUGGGUCACCGUCGGCCACCAUCUUCCAAAGGGGAACCGCAGAAGCAAAAGAGCACCAGCGCUCACCCCGCAAAAGACUGAAGGGCUAGAGAGAAAGUUAUGGGCCCCCUUUUGAAGUAGUUUGUCUAUAGGAGCCGCCGACCCGUCUUGAGCACAUCCGCCUAUCAAGAGCCACGGGGCAGGGAAUGCUCCACUCCUAAAGCCAUUGAGAUGCCCCGCCAUCUUGGACUGUUACCUUUGCUUCAACUACCAACGUGCUGUAGCUGUGCAUCCCCUGGGAAUGGCGUCAGUAGGAGUGGACUGACCCAACGCCAGGAGGGCCCUGGAGUUAUUUGGCUGCAGUUAUGAUAAGCCACCUUGCUCCGUAAUUUGGCGGAAAAGGGAACUUCAAGUUUUUGUGCCUUGCUUGCUGGUUGUGGUUUUCAUUUUUAUUUUUAACUCUGAUGGAAGCUUUGCCCUUGGCAUUUUGGGGAUUUGUCUUUCAUCAACAAGAACAAAAGUCGGUAUUGGGUUUCCCCUGAGGUGAAUGGGUCCCUCUCUGUUGGAUGUGGUUCGGUUUAAUUUGAGAUUGCCACGCUUAGGAUACCAUCCGUUGCUGGAGAGCGAUGGCCGGGAAGGGUGAAUGUGAGGGUCUGAGGGAGAAAAAGAUGGCUUUUCUAAGGAGAUUGAUUGAUUGAGUGAUUGAUUGAAUUUAUUUGCAGCCCAUCUCAUAACGAAACAAGUCUGGGCGGCAAAUAAAUAGAAAGAAAGAAAGAAAGGAUUGGGUAUUUUGGAAUCUGUGCUUUGAGCGAAGCAGGGAUGUGUAAUCUCAGGCCUAAGGUUACAAUAGUUGUGAAAACCUUCGAUGUCCACAGCUCGACAUGCGUAAAACUUGCCACCCAGGUUGUAAUUCUUAACAGCGGCUGAAAUGGGAAAUAAUUAAAGCCAUGGAGAAGAAAUCGUACGCGUUGUGUGUAACGCCGUAAAUUAAAAUUAGUUAAAGCUGAAUAUAAAUUUAUCUAAAUGGACUUUACAUUGGAGAUUUGCCUCUCCCCAACCCCCCCCCCCCAUUUUUAAUUCUCUCCCCCUUUUUACAAUGCAGCGACAUUCAAAAACGAAGGGCAGACCUCGGACUAAAGACUAUUGUGCAUCCCUAAUUUGUAGCAAAAUACAGGUAGUCCUCGACUUAGGACCACAAUUGAGCGCAGAAUUUCUGUCGUUCCGCGAGACAUUUGUUCAGUGAGUUUCGCCCCAUUGUACGGCUUUUCUUGCCACAGUUGUUAAGUGAAUCACUGCCGUUGUUAAUGUUAGUCACACGGUUGUUAAAUACAUCCGGCUGCCCCAUUGACUUUGCUCGUCGGAAGGUCGCAAAAGGGGAUCACGUGACCCUGGGACGCUGCAACCGUCAUAAAUAUGAACCCGUUGCCAAUUUUGAUCAUAUGAUCAAAAAUGGGGAUGCUGCAACAGUUCUAAGUGUGGGAAAAAAACGGUCAUAAGUCAUUUUUUUUCAUUGCCGUUGUGACUUUGAACGGUCACUAAAUGAACUGCUGUAAGUCAAGGACUACCUGUAUUCUAAGGGGGACUUUAGUUAAAAAACAUAAGGAAUCUGAGCAUUGGGAAUUACCUUCCCAGCCCUCCCAUUCAUCAUUCCCUAUGCACUCUAGAAAUUUCCUCACCUGUCUUCCUUAUUUAUUUAUUUAAUCAAAUUCCUAAAUGGCUCUGAAUCAUUCUUUCACAAUAAUGACAGGGUUUUAAAUGACAAGAUACUGAGCAUUUUUUUAGCUUAGUGGUCGAAAUUCUUGUUUCCCUUGCCAUCCUUGGGUGCUGAUAUCUUCUAAUUCAGGGAUCUCUCCAACCUUGGCAACUCUUAAGACUUGGUGGACUUGAACUCCCAGAGUUCCUCAGCCAGCUUUGCUUUGCUCAGCCAGCUUUACUUUGCUGGCUGAGGAAUUCUGGGAGUUGAAGUCCACAAGUCUUAAAGUUGCCACGGUUGGAGACCUCCGUUCUAAUUCGUAUCUAUCUUUUCCAACUCUGAACUUUGCAAAGCAUUGGGGGAGCAGUUCUCUCAACUGCACAAUCCGAGUGAGGGAAAUUUGGCUGGAAUAUGGUUGGAGGAUUGUUGAUAUGUCUAUAAAUAAGCUUAUAGGUAAUCCUCAUUUUACGACCGCAGUUGGGAUCAGAGUUUCCAUUGUUAAGCAAGAUGAUUGUUAAGUGAGUCGCGCUAGAUUUUAUGAUCUUUUUUUUUUUGCCACGGGUGUUAAGCAAACUACAAUAGUUGUUAAGGGAAUCAUGCGGUCGUUAAGUGAAUUUGACUUCCCCCCAUUGACUUUGCUCGUCCGAAGCCCACCAGGAAGGUUGCAAAUGGCCAUGAUGUGAUCCCAGAUCUCUGCAACCAUCAUAAAUACGUGCCUGUUGCUAGCCUCUCACAUUUUGAUCACCCAAGUGUGGGGAUGCUACAACGGUCGUACGUUGAGGACCGGUUUUAAUUCACUUUUUUUCAGUGCCGUUGUAACUUUGAAUGUUCACUAACUGCAUGGUUCUAAGUCAAGGGCUACCUGUGUGCAGAGGAGAAGUGGUAACUAGUGAAAUUGCACAGAAUUUGGGAAAAGUGAAUGUAGAAGAAACGAUGAACUUCGUUUUUUUGGGGGGGAGGGUAUCUCCCUUUGUUCCACGGAGUUCCAGGAUGGAUGUUUGGUUCUUCAAAUCUAUAAAUGGAUCACUUUAGGGUUUGAGAUUUUUUUUAAAAAAAAAAUGUCUGAAUGACAAUCAAGAUCGACAGAAGGAUAUGCUGCCAGUCUUUGUUUAUAAGGAUGAAGGAGCAACCGGUCAUUAUUAUUAAUAUUGGUUCCUUGAACAGCCCAGCCAGAUGUUCAGACUGGGGUUGGCAUUUUUAUCCACCUAUCGAGGCCUUCCCAAAGCCUGGGAUAGCCAGAUGUAGAUGUUUUAUGGUCUUAUCAUCAUCAUCAUCAUCAUCAUCAUCAUCAUUAUUAUUAUCAUCAUCAUCAUCAUCACCACCAAAUUUAUUUGCUGCCCAUCUUGUGGUUCAAGAGGACUCUGAACCUGUCAAGCCAAGAAAGCCUAAAAAUAUGUCUAUGCCAGGGGUGUCAAACUCGAUUUCAUUGAGGGCCACAUCAGGGUUGGAUUUGAUCUCCGGGGGAGGGGCACGUGUCUGGAGUGGGUGUGGCCAGCUCGUCAUCACUCAUCAUGCCACUUGCAUCUGGAGUGUCUGUGGUGGCCCGAUCAUGCUCCCAGAGAACACGGAGCUCAGGAGGGCCGUGUUGUGUCUGCGCCCCCCGAGCCAGGCCCCCUGCCAGAAAGUGACUUGGAAAGUGAGGAGGAAGGGCCAUCAGGACUUACCUCGGGAGCACCGGCUUCCCUGGCUCAGCUCCAGGAGCCAGAGGCAGGCCAGGUGGAGGAGAUAAUGAGGCUUCCGUCCCCUGACUCUUUCCCCCCCCAGGCCAUGCCUCCAGACCCAGCUGAUGGCAAUCAGGCCUGGCUGGACCCUAGGUUUCAUAGGCAGGAGAGGCAGGAACAACAGAAGCAGGGGUGGGGCAGGCCUAGGAAGUGCUGAGUCAUGGAGCCACACCCCACAGGAUAUAAAACCAGUGAGAGCUGCUAUGCCUCUUCGUAGCAGGCAAAUCAACUGCUUAACUAGAGCUGAAGUACUGUUUUUUUCCUGGGUGACUCAUCGGCAUCAAGGGAGAUAACAGAGUCACUUGGCAGAUGCUUGCUAGUUUGCGGCCAGAGCUGAUAGUGCUGGCUAAUUAAGCCAUCACUCGGACGGAGGCGAGGGGGGACAGAACACACCCUUUUCGCUGUGCAGCGGGUUGCAGGGGGCUAUCAAAACCCUGUGCAGCCCUCUCGAGCUCCGUUUUCACUAGCAGAGGGACCGCAGGCCCAUCCUUUGCUGUUUCCAGGAUGGCCCCGCAGGCCACAUCUAAGCAUCCCGUUGGCCGGAUUCAGCCCGCCGGCCUUGAGUUUGACCCCCCUGGUCUAUGCUGUACGAAUAGAAUCAUAAGGUGCAUUUCCUUUGUCUCCUUCCAAACUGGUGCAAACUGAGGCCGUAAUCCCAAGUGCUCUUAGCCUGUAGAUUUCUAUAUAGCUUCCUCUAAGGUGGGGAACAAAGAGAAAACUAGAAGAUAUGAUUGACAGAAGGAAAGAAAUCACUGAAACAUGAAUUGAGUCUGCAACAAAAAUGUGUACAAAAGUGUAGAGUGGAGUUUCUCAACCUAGGGCAUUUUAAGAUGAGUGGACUUCAACUCCCAUGGCUGGCUGGGGAAUUCUGGGAGUUGAAGUCCACUCAUCUCAAAGUGUUGUGGCCCGCUGGCAGCCAGCAGAGCUAGCAGCAGAGUCGGACAGUGAGUAGGUUGGGAAGGAAUAUGGGCCAGUCCUGGGGGCUGGGGAAAGCUCGGACGAGGGCUCUACGUCAGAGGCAGAGAGGGAACUAGACAGCAGUGAGGCAGAGGAACAGCUGGAGCCUGUUCCCAGUGUGCGCAUGUGCAGAGCUUUCAGAAGACAAGAACAACUCAGAAAGCAGGGUCAAUUUAGGAGUAAAGCCACACCUUGGAGGUGAUUGGCCCCUCCCAUAGGAAACAAAAAAGGAGCGAAUGGAGAGUGGGCUUUUUCAGGAAACAAUUCAUUCAUUUGAUCAUUUCAAGAGUGGGAAGAUCUGUCCAUGACUGUGCCAGGUUUUGCCUUGCCCUGCGUUUGGAAACUAGUUACCUGGCAGUUUUCCAAGCAAGAUAAGGUCUGUGUUGAUAAAUGCUCCUCUGAAAGACUGUUUGCCAGGCCUUGCUGACUGUGAAUGAAAGGAAUUCACAAUCAUGUAAAUAAAAGGGGUUUUGCUGGGACCAAAACUCUGUUUCCUGCUUUUUAAGGGAGCCUAGGUCAGAACAUAAAGUGGCCGAGUUUGAGAAACACCUGUCCCCAAUCUUUGGG